AGCGUCGUAGUGUGAACGUGCCAAUUACUUCGGAUUCUAAGAUGUCACUCGUCGCAGUGGCACACGUGAGAAGCUUUCACCCAUUCAUUAUUCAAAGAGUCUCUCUGCCGUGGUGUCAAAUGACCUCUGAAUUGGAGUGCUGGGUGGCGCGCGUACCCAUAGCAAGGACCCAGGCCGAACACAAACCCACACCUCGCUCACACAGCCUCCUGCAGUUGGCCUCGGUGUUAUUGCAUUGUUGGGGAGCAUGUAGACACCGAUAAGGGGGCCUUCACAUCUUCCGUGAGACCAUCAAUGCUCGGGCUUGGCCGGUGGUGACUCGGUGGCUGCCGCAGAUCUGCGUAGUUUGAGAUCGAGAGCCUGAGCCUUGUGGGAAUAGGAGUCGCCUCUUGUACAGGCGUCAUCCUUGACCUGUGAACCCCACACGGUUUACCCCGUAUUCUUGUACAGGGAAAUUGAGUUUUCAGGUCCGUACGGCGUGUACAGCCGUUUCGAUACGGGCAACAACUAAAAUAGUCCGUGUUUGUCCCUUGUGAUGGGACUUUGUAGGAUGAACGUUGAGAUUUAUAAGGGGCACGGGGGGUGACCAAUAAGGUCUGAAUUGUUCCGUAAUAAUCUAGGGCACUGAUAAGGUGCGUCCUUUGGGUGCAUGAAACUUCAACGUACAUAGGGCGUAUUGUUACGCACCAGCCAUUCAUUCGCUCUGUAAGCGCCGCGUCUUCCCUUGAACGAACGGAGAGGUUUUGGGGUGGGUUAGGUCGGGGUUGGGGGUCUGAGAUGUUCGCCGCAGCCACCCAAAACUUCGUGACUCAAGUUGGCAGCAACGGGCGUCUGGUGGCUGUGCCGAGCUUGAACGAGGCCGACCGGUACCACCCGCUCAACCUCGUCACCAAGAAGAGACGCGCCUGGCUCUGGCAGAAGGCCAAGCACUCGUCCACGUCCUUCGCCCUCAAGGACAUUUUGGUUGGGGAGAAGGACAUCGACAUUGACGUGACGUCGUACCAGCUGGUGAACUACGAGGACGAGUCGGACGGUGCGCCGGGCCGUCGCGAGCGCCACGGCUCCGAGGGCGUGCUGGCCGGCGUGGGCUUCAGCGUGGCGCGCUCCGAGAACGUCGCGGUGCACGCGUCCCUGGGCAUCGUCACAAAACACGAGCUCGACGUGCCUCUCCUCCUCCGCCUCUUGCGCAACAGGAGGGUGGACGUGGAGCACUGGCUGGUGCGGCAGACUCGCGCCAGCGGCCGGGCCGUGCUGUGCAUCGUGGCCGAGAGCAUCCGCACGACGAGGCAAUGCUCCCUCGCCGUGCCGGCUUCGCUGCGUGCGUGCGGCGCGCAGGGAAGGGCAGCGGAGGAGGGCGUCCGUCAGGGGAAGGGUCGCGACAAGACCAUCGUCAUCCCCGCCCACACCACGGUCGCCUUCAGCGUCUUCGAGCUCUACAUCCGCUUGGACGGAUCCUUCGAGCUGUGCGUUGCUGCCGAGCUGCCGGGGGGGUUCGAGCGCGAAGAGACGCUGGGCGAGCGGCUUCGUCACCUCGUCGCCCGUCUGGCCGUGUGGCGUGGGAGCAGCAGCCCUUCUCGAUCGCUCCGGGCCGCUCCAGAGGGCCGCACCUCCCCGUCCGACAUGAAGGGGGGCUACCGGCCCUCCAGCCGCCGCAGCUCGACGGCGGACACCACCACCGUCGACUUCUACGAGCAGACGGCCACGCUGACCGAUCUGUCGGGGCCCAGCGGUGUCGGGGCCAGCAGCACCAGCAACGUCGGCGGCCGCGGUGGCGGCUUCCCGCCGGAGGAGCCCGGAGCGCACCAGCGCGUCAACCUGCUCCACCAGGGCGUCUCCAAGGGCCCGUGCGCGCUCUGCGGCCUGGGCGCACGGCCCAGGGACACGGUGUACGGCUGCGUCGAGUGCGCGUGGGGAGGGCACAAGUACGUCAGGCUCCACGCAGUGCCCUGCUUCGACCUCUGGCACAGGAAGAUGAAGAGUUGAACGUCGAUUGCCCCCCCGUCUCUAACCCUGCCCCCCCCCCACCCCCCGCCUCGGGUUCUUGUUUUAGUGGUUGCCGAGUGACAGGGCCCCCCGUAUUCAUUCUCUAGGUUAUAAGGUCGCGGGGCUCAUCGCACACACUUAGGGUUUGCCACAAAUGAACCGCCGAUAUCUUGCUGAUAUCGUCAAGGAGCAUAAACCGUCACGUGAACUCCGGUCAUCCUCGCAGCGGCGGCUUUUGGCUAACCCAUCGAACUUAGGCGGUCACCGCAUCGCGCGCAGUUUUACUCUGGUGAAAAAUGGUGAAAUCCGGUGAAAAUCCCAGGUAUUUGGUCGUAUUCUGACAAAAUAUUGGUCGAAACAACUUUUGCCAACACACGAAUGAGGACUUAAUGUCUCUCAUUCAGCCUUCUGUGCAUUUAAUUUCGGAAUGCUGGAAACCACAGUUGCUACCUUGUGGUUUUGGCAGAUACAGCCAGUGGCCAAUUGCUGGGCAUGGAGUGUGGGAUAUUGCCUGAGCAAUAACCAUACCGGGAGGUCAAAUACACACUCACAUUUAUGAUAUUAUUUAGAUUCCUGUCUUAUUUGAACCAGAAAAAAAAUCGCUGAUUGUCGGGACUUUCUGAGUUACAACUAGUGACGUGACAUCAUAAGCACGUGACAGAGGCCUCAGAACUCCGAGAUACAAACCGAGGCCAGAGGCGCAUUUCAGCCGAAGCCACUGACUGAUGAGGUAUCAAACCGUGCUGUAGGAACAUGAGGUCGCAGCAGCAGCAACCGCCUACACAUCAAAGACGAAUAAAAACUGCCCACAGGCGUAGGCUAUACUUUUGUACUUCAAAUCCGUGUUUACAAAGUCCCCAAAGCACAGUGCCUACAUAUGUUCACGUAAAAGAAACACCGGACGGGAUUCAGGAUUCGCAUUCACAGGAAACUGAAACUGCCUCGGCAACUCAAAGCUCCUCACAUUAGAUCUCAGUUUCGGCCUCGGGACUCUCUGAUGGUGGUUUGACCCUGUACGGGCAAGGUGUACGCCAGCACCGGCCUGCGAGUGCGGAUCAGUCUGCUAGUAGGGGAGCGACGUUACUUUGUGGGGGGGGGGGGGUUCUCCCAAUUCAGUAACAGUAGCGGAUCAUUUUUCAAAUCUGCCUGAAAGUUUGGACCCUGGGGGAGGGGGGGGGGGUUUCUCCCAAUUCAGUAACAGUAGCGGAUCAUUUUUCAAAUCUGCCUGAAAGUUUGGACCGUAAUACGACGGGAUCUUUAUCAUCUCACUGCACAGCGGUAUUUUUUCCCUGCUGUAAUCUGUUGUAAUCAUCCGAGGUCAGGUAUUCUGCCCAGCUUCUCGACCUGUGAACGCCGUUGAUGCUCCGUGGCUGUAACGCCUUGUACUUCCCAAGCGGAGCGAGAUGUCCCUGUAAAUACUUGGCACCAUUGUCGGUGUCUCCUGGCGAGGGCGAUUUCUUCCCCAACGCUUUUUAGUCCGUGCCUGAUGGAUUUUAGUUUUCAUCAGGUUCUGUCACGCACAGGGCUAUGAGUGUCCAGGCCUGUGUAUAAAUUAAGCCUCUUGUUGAGUAUGCUUGACUGCCUAUGGAGCCCGAGGGAUAUGGCAGGGUUUUGAUUCUGGCUUCCAAUUACUGUAAUCCAAGACGCACCGUUUCCUUUGAUGCAGUUUCAGGUAAAAAUUGGCUCAUCGUGAAUGUGUGGUUUCAUGUGGUUUACAGAGGAUCAGUUACCUACCUAUUUGCCUGCCUACACCAACCUGCUUCAUGACCUCUGUUGUCCAUACUGUGUAUCAUGACUUUGCUGAAGGUUUUCUUUUAAGUUAUUGAUAUUAGCAGAUUUCUGUGCAUGCAUUUUGUAUUCGCACCCUUUGAAUUAAAUCAACUUCAAAUGGGCUUGACUUUUUUAUUUUUAUAUUGGGCCCGUGUAGACAUGAGCCAGAAUGAAGAUGUCAUAUUUAUUGUUUUUUUUUUACACAGGAAUCAAGCUUGCAUCUAAAAAUGCGACAGCAUCGGUCUGAUAGUGAGACACCUGUUAAUUUACUGCGCCCGAUUAAACACGAUAAGUCUCAUUCAUGAAUCAUUGUGCUCUGAUCAUCAUGCCAUUGCAUAUUUCCAUCACACGUAGAUCAGAAGUUUAGAUCACCUUGGACAUCACCUCCGAUUAGCCCCCGCACCUCCGAUUAGCACGGAUGGCUACGUACGGUGCGAAUGUAGUUCAACAUACAUACUUAUAUAAGAGUUUCUGUGUUGAGUGAUUGCAUCAUUUUCAUUAACAUCAAAUGAUCGGCACGUCUGUGACUUUCUUAAACACGCCUCAAAGUACUCCAUCCAAAUUUAUAGCAGCAACCGACGCAAACCACCGAAAAUCCCGAACAGCGCAAACCCAAGCGUGCAGAUGAGCUGUGGGUAGACUUGGUCAUUUGGUUCAGAACACGGACGUACACUUGCCUACAGGUGAAACUAAAGAUACGUGCUUCACAGUCCGUUGUAUAAGUGAGAUGGUGCAUUUGGUAAUUGUCUCCCGAGGUAACCAGACAAUUGUGGGAAUCGAAUAAUGUAGUCGGCUUUUUAGACUAGCUGAUUAAAAAAAAACAAGAAUACACCAUAACGUACAAAUAAUAGAAUGCAUUUUUCAUGGGGAGUGGUGGUGCAGUGGUUAGCGUACCACGCUGUGAAGUCUGUCACCUCGGGUCGAUUCACGGCCAUGGUUAAUAUCAGUGGUGAGCGACAUCUGAUGCGGUCCUUGGGUGCCUUCUCUCUACCAAUCUGUACUCACCAGUGUGGUGAAGCAUGGCCAGAUAGCAUCGAUGACCCACAUGGUGUGGGUCAUCAUGGAGGUUGUGGGUGGCAUCACCCAGUAGCGGACCUAACCGAAGUCUGGAAAGUGUCAUCAACGUUACACCUCGUCACGCCGGCACGCGAGUGAAAACUCCACGCGAGAAAAUCACUCGACAAGACUUCAAAAUAAGCAAAUAGAUUUUAUGUCUCGCUGCAAGCACGUACAGAUCAACAAAGACCUACACUUGGUUAACCAAAAGAUUACAGUUGAAAUUGCACUUGAUUAGCAUUGCCGCUCUCCGAUCCGAGACUGAAGCAAUGAGGUGAUUUACCAUCAGACUGCCGGCAAAAAAACACUCGCUAAACGUCCACCGGCGGCGCCCAUAAACCUUUGGUCGAGAUGAUGCAUGAUUGCAAAAGAUUGCAUUUCCUUAAGUGAUCAGACGACCGUUGAAAGCAUUAAGGCUGCAACACAAAUAUGAGCACAGGGUUUUAAAGAGGCACUGCAUCGUAUGAAAGUCAGAAGAUGAAUGCAUCGCAAAGGCUGAC